AUGACAGACUUUUGGAGGUUAGAAGAGAUCAGUUUUGGAAAACCAAAAGCAAAACACGAUGUUUUAUGCAAAAGCCAUUUUAUUAAUAAUAUUAAACGUGACCCUAAUGGUCGAUAUAUUGCUAGGUUACCAUUUAUUAAAGGCGAUCGUACGCUUGGUGACUCUAGAGCAGCAGCCUAUCGGCGCUUCCAUGCAUUAGAAAAUAAAUUUUUAUCUAAACCAGAAUUAAAAUCAGAAUAUUACAAAGUAAUGCAAGAAUAUCUUGAUCUUGGUCACAUGUCACCUGUCUCAGAUGAUUCUGAGCAUAAAUAUUAUCUACCGCAUCAUGCUGUGAUUAAAAAGUCCAGCUCGACUACUAAAGUUCGAGUAGUCUUUGACGCAUCUGCUAAAUCAAAUAACAAUAAAUCACUUAAUGAUAUUUUAAUGACAGCUGACAUUGAAAAAAUGUAUCGUCAAAUUCUAUUACAUCAAGACGAUCGAGCAUACCAAAGAAUACUUUGGCGUGUGGGCGAUCAAAUUAAAACUUUUGAAUUAAAUACAGUAACUUUUGGUGUAACCUCUUCUCCAUUUUUGGCUAUCCGCACCAUUCAUCAAUUAGCUGAUGAUGAAGCAAAUCAUUUUCCACGUGCUGCGCAUAUUCUAAAAAACGACUUGUAUGUUGACGAUCUUUUGAUAGGUGCAAGUAAUAUAUCAGAAACGCAGUAA